AUGUUAGGGAUAUUCGGAAUUGGAGGAUUGGGAAAAACGACACUUGCAAGAGCUACUUAUAAUUUGAUGGCCGACCAAUUUGAUGCUUUAUGUUUUCUUCGUAAUGUGAAAGAAAAUUCAGCUAAACAUAAUUUGGAACAUCUCCAAGAAAUGCUUCUUUCCAAAACAAAUUAUUUGAACAUUCCAUUAGGAGAUGUUAGUGAGGGAAUUACAAUCAUAAAGCAGAUGCUACAUCAAAAGAAGGUUGUGUUGGUUCUUGAUGAUGUUGAUGAACUAAAGAAGUUGCAAGUUUUGGCUGGAGGAUUUGAUUGGUUUGGUCUUGGUAGCAUAGUGAUCAUUACCACUAAUUUGAUUGGCUGGAGGAUUUCAUGUCAAGGAAGAAGUAUUAUUGCAGUUCCAACUUUCAAGGCCUUUGAUUGGCAUCUUUUGUACUGA